GCCUUUUUAAUCCCGGCAGUCUGUCCUCGGUGGCCGGCGAGAGGGAAGAAAAGGCCCUUCAGAGCCCAGUGAGCCUGGUCCAGCCAGGUCUCCCCGCUUGCACAGCAUGAGUUGGCCAGGUGAGGAGUGGAAGGUGGGCUUGCCAGCCCAGGCACUGAAGGCCAUUGCCGAAGUGGAGCAGAGACUGGAGCGCCUGCAGAAGGAGCGCCAGCAGAAGCAGGUGCAACUGGACACAUUGGAGGCAGUGAUGCACAAGCAGCGGCAGAAGCACGAGGAGGAAAGGGCCUCUUGGGCGCUCCUCUCGCAGCAGAACCGCAGCCUGUCGGAGGCGUGUGAGCAGACGGAGCGUGCCUGCCAGCGCUUGGCACAGGAGCUGCAAGCCAAAGAAGCCCAACUGAGCUGCCUGGAGGCCCAGCAGGCGCAAGCCGCACGCCGGCAAGCAGAACUGGAGGAAGAGUUGCGCGGGUGCCAGGUAGAACUGGAAAAGCUCCAAUCCUGCUCCCACUUGGUGAUGCUGCCUCCCCGCUGGGGUUCUCCGACACCGUGGGCCAAAGGUGGAGCUGAGGCCAAAGCAGAGCUGGGCAAGGGCCUUGGGUCUGGAACAGAGAAGGCUCAGGCCAGCAGUGCUCCACUUGGGCAAGAGGACAUUUCGAGCAUUACCGAAAACGGCAAGGAAGUCCAGUCUGUGGAACAAGAACCUACAUCUGCAGGAGAGAAGCUGACGACAAGUAACCAAGAGUUGAGGUUGGCUCUCACCCAAGCAGAGACCCGUUUGAAGGAGAAGGAAAAGGAGUUAUGGGCCUUGCAAGGGCAGCUGGAGCUGACCAAGGCAGAGCUGGCCCAGUCGAAGAAGCAACAUGGCAAGCAGGCAGAGGCCGGUACAUUGGGAUGUCGAGGAAGACGGAUGUCGGAGGAUGUGGGGCACCAACGGCGAAGCAGGGAACAGCAGAAAGGCCUUAUUGGGAGAGAGGUGGCCCCUUCCAGUGGCAGCCGCUGCCGAAGCACCAGCUUCUCCCGCUCGGAGCAGCCAACGGACAAAGGAGGGACGCCCUUAAAACACAAAGGAUCUUUACUGGGGGGCCCCCACGGCCAAAGCACUCCAAAGGGCCAGGAGGAAGUGCAGAACCUCAAAGCGGAGGUCUUGGUCCUCCGCCGGCGCCUGGAUGCCUCCGAGAGCCAACGCAAGACCCUCCUCGAGACCUGCUGGCAGCAAGAGAAGACCCGAAGUUGGGCUCCGGAGAGGCAGGCACCGUUGUUGGGGCUGAGAGCUCUUUCUUGGCAAAAGAAAAAGGAGGACCAAGACGACCAGGUCUUGGAUGGAAAGCAGGUUGCAGAGAAGAGGGAAGGCGAAACGCUUCAGUCGGAGGAGGACUCUGCAAAGCUAGAUGUUCCAAAGGAAGUCCAAGCGGAGGUGGAAGCAAAUGCUCCGGGGAAGAUGCCACCCUUUGCUGAAGAAGAGGACCUCUCCAAGGAGGGAAACAUGGAAGCCUUGCGGGAGGAACUCCGGGCCUUGGCUGCUGGGAAAGCCGAAGCAGAAGCCCAAGCCAGCCUGGUCCAGCAGAAGCUCCAAAGUCUGCAGACCACGCUGGGGAGGCAGACAGAGCGGUUGGCGCAAGCCAUGGAAACCCAAACCCACCAUGUUGAGGAGCUCCUGGCCGAUGCGGAAGAGAAGGACCGCCUCAUAAUAGGUCUCCGCAAAGAGCUGGAAGAUACCAAGAAGGCCUUGGAUGCGGCCAACGCGGAGGGACAAAGGCUACGGGUGUUGAUGGAGCACAGCGAGGAGGAACCCCAUCGAGAUAACUCCAAGCAAGGUGUGGAAGCGGGUACGGGAGAGGUACCCACUCUGACACAAGACGCCAAAGCGGGAGAAAAUCCUCAAGAUGCAGAACUCACACAACUGGAGGCUUCUCUCGCUCAACUUGUGCAGGAAAACCAGACCCUGCAGGACGAACUCGCCCACUGGAAGGCAAGGAGCGUGGAAAGAGGAGAUGGUGGCAGAUCAUUUGUUUCAGGAAAGGAUGGAGAGGCUGCUGAUAGUGAGGAAAGGAAGGGUCCGGUUCUGGAGGCAUCCCAGGUGAGACGGAGGGAUGCCCAGACCCAGACCGAGGGGCCCGAGGCCAGCCAGUGGAGGCGGGAGCGGGUCUCCGUGGCCUUCGAUGACACCCAGUACGAACCCUAUGGGCUUCCUGAAGUAGUCAUGAAGGGAUUUGCUGACAUCCCAUCCGGUCCUUCCUGCCCGUAUGUCCUCCGCCGGGGCAUUUUGGGAAGCGCCCCUGUGGCUCGGAUGGCCCCGAGAGCAGAGCCCGAAGAGGAUUCCCUGGAAGCGGAUGAAGGGACGGGCGUCUGAGAAUACAGUGGUGAGAGAGAGAGAGUUCUUGGUCAGCCGCUCCUCAUUUCCCCUGCAAUGGCACUGGCUCUGUGCUGCACCGUGGCAGGACCUGGGAUGUUCCCGUUUGUGCCGAUGUGUUUUGCACCAACCAACCGCUGGAAAGACAAGCUUCUUAUAUCACAACACGCACCUUGGUUGGAAGCCCGGCUGCUCUAGAUCUGGAGCUGAAGCUGCAUCGAAGCUCUCCUUUCCUUCUCUGCAAGGAUCUGUAGGAGAAUAUGCCACCGGACAACAUUCACUCUUGCUUCUCCAAUUCCCAGCUGAGUAGAGCAUCUGGGAAGCAUGAGUCGGAGAGAUGAAGGAUGCCACCCCUUGCCCACCAUUGGAGGACCACAUCUUUCCAUAGUGACCAUUGCUGUUUGAUAGCCAAUCAGGGAUCUGUAGUUCUGGUAUGCUUUUCUUUCAAAGCCAAUGACUAUGUGGGAUGAACGUACAGCUUGGGGUUGUGGUGCCUCCUCCACACACACACAAUAAACAACAGGACGGAUGCUA